AUGAGCUUAAAUUCAAAUAUUGAUAUACAAGAUCGAACAUUAGAGUUCAAACAAUGUGUUAACACUUUCGAAAGGCAAAAUGCAAAAAGCAGGAAGAGCUAUUCGGACCAGACAAAAAGGCAACCUAGAUCUAGUGCCAUUAACAGGAAUCAAUUCACAAAGGAUGCCUCAAAGAUUGCAAAGGAUAUAGCGAGGGUUACCGAAUCGUUAUCUAAAUUGGCUCAGCUAGCUAAAAGAAAGCAACUUUUUAACGAGAGGGCCUCGGAUAUUAUAGAGUUGACAUAUGUUAUCAAGCAGGACAUAUUUGGGAUUGAAAAGUCAUUAAAGGUAUUACAACAGAAGGCAAAUGCUAAAGGAGGCUCGUCCGAUAAACAGCUUGACCUCUACAAUAAGAAUGUGGUUCAGCUAUUAAAUACCAAGACGAAAAAUAUAAGUGAGGCAUUCAGAGAUGUUUUACAGGUGCGGCAAAAGAGUGAACUUGCACAGAGAUCUAGACAAGAGCAACUUUUGGCUACUGCAAAACCAGGAAAUGGUUCCACUGCACCUGAUGCUUCUGGAAAGCACCAAGAAGAUCGCUUGCAAAAUGCGAACAGCAUUCCUUACGCACUUAGAAGCAAAGCAAAUGGUCAAAAUGCGUCAGCUAUGUCGAAAUCUUCGGAGAAUCCAUUUAUGGUGCCUUUAUCAGGAGCAGAUGGUACUGCAGAUCCAGCCAUUUCAGACAUAACCAACAUUGGCGAUAAUGCGGACGUGUUAGCUCUUCCAAACCAAUCACAGCAGAUGUUACUUAUGCAUGAGCAGGACAACAGGUAUUUGCAAGAACGAAACAGUGCAGUGGAAACUAUAGAAUCUACAAUUAAUGAAGUUGGAGGCUUGUUUCAGCAGCUUGCUACUAUGGUUCAGGAGCAAGGAGAAGUUAUUCAAAGAAUAGAUGAUAAUGUGGAGGACGUGAGUCUUAAUAUUGGGGGAGCACAUAGAGAGUUACUAAAAUACUAUAACAGUAUAAGUAGCAAUCGCUGGUUGAUGCUUAAGAUUUUUGGAAUUUUGAUCAUAUUUUUCCUUUUAUGGGUAUUGGUCAGUUGA